AUGGACUGUAUACCCACGUAUCUCUCUAGCAAUAUGAUGCCGUACCCAUUGUAUGUAGUAGUAUGGGUGGCACUGCUGCACGGGAGAAGCGCCUGCCUCGGUGCUAAGAUAUUCAUGUUGCCGUACACGCAGGUGUUCAACUCCCGGACGCUGAACAUGGAGAAAAUCGCCCGUCUUCUCACUGACCGCGGUCACUCGGUCACAAUGAUGGUGGCUGACCACUACAAACCACGGACAAACAUCGACGGCGUGUCGCUGGUCAGAUUUGAGACACCCAAGCUGGAGGUGAACAAAGCGGGGGAGCUGGCCUUGGAUACGACCAUGAGCUCUGUUUACGAGGGUCUCGAGAAGAUGAUGGCGGCAAUGGACGAGAUGGAAGAAGCUUUCUGCCAUUUUUUAUUAAGAAACGAAACCAGGUUGCAAGAAUUGAAAGCGACCAAUUUUUCUUUGUUUCUCUUUGACUUGGUCAAUUUGGGAUCUGGUCCCGUACUAAACGACUUUUUAGAAAUCCCGUCCAUAGCAUACUCCAAUUUAGGAUUCUGGGACCCGUGGCACGUGUUUCGCCAGCCGGUGUUUAAGUCCUUCACACCGGCCAUUCCCGGGGGCUACUCCGACCACAUGACGUUUUGGGAAAGACUCCACAAUGUCGACAUAGAAAACGAAGUCAAUGAUUGGUUAGACAAGAAAAUAGAGCGCACGGAUGCCAUGGUGUUGGAGUAUUUUCCAAAGAAACCUUGGCCCCCUAUGAAGAGAGCAUUUGAAAGAGUUUCUCUGAUGAUUGCCGCCAAUGUCGACUUCGCUCUGGAUUAUCCCAGACCCGUGAUGCCUCACGUUAAACCAAUCUCUGGACUUCUUUGGACACCACCCAAACCUCUGCCGAAGUUUUACCAAGACUUAAUGGCGUCUGGGCGUCAUGGCGUUGUCGUGAUGAGUUUCGGUACCUUAGUAGCAGAACUGACCGAGGGGAUGGCGGAGGGCAUCGCAAAAGUGUUCGCCAGACUACCUCAAACUGUCAUCUGGAGAUACAAGGGACCUGUUCCGAAGUCUCUUGGGAAAAACACGCACUUGGUCGAUUGGUUUCCACAAAACGACAUUCUUUCACAUCCUGCCACGAAACUCUUCAUCACCCACUGUGGGAUCAGUAGCACGUGGGAAACUCUGUACCACGCCGUCCCCGUUGUGGCUGUCCCGUUAAUUUGGGAUCAGCAUCAGAACGCCAGAAAACUCACAGACAGGUGCAACAUUGGAGUAUCCCUCAGCUUUUUAACAUUCACUGAGGCAGACUUCGAGAGCGCCAUACAAACAGUUCUUAACAACAGGACAUACAAGGACAACGCCGUUAAAAUGUCCGAGCUUUUAAAGGACCAACCCAUGUCGGGGCAAGACCAAUUGCUGUUUUGGAUAAACUAUGUUAUACGUCACAAUGGGACUCUUCAUUUUCACUCCCAAGCUUCCUACAAUCUUAACUGGUGCCAGUACUUCUUAGUUGACAUUAUUGCCUACAAGAUAGCAGUUAAAUGUUUACACUACAUCUUUGUGUUAGUUUGUGCUAUUAUGUUUUGGAAAUUGCUAAAAUACACAUGGUUUUUAUAUUCUAAACAGAAGAAAAAAACAGUCUGACAUAAAUACUGCAUAUAUUUUAUUCCACGAAUUUAAUUCGUUUGAUGGCACAUACAAAAAUAUACACUUUCCCAAAAAUAGCAUAGCAAAUUUAGCUCAUUGGCUUAACUGAAUAUAUAUAUAUUAUAUAUAUAUCAAAGAACAUCAAUUUGUUUUAACAAGUAGAAAAUUUAUUGGCAUAUGCCGAACUAUUCUAUCAUGACAAUUAAUCCAAAAUUUAAACUAAUUUGCAUCUUUUGAUAAUCCAUAUAAAGGCAUUCUCUCUCAAACAUAUCUUGAACCAGCCCAAGUCAAAGGCACACAAUAACAUUUAUAGUUUUUUACAAAAAAUAAAUCUGAUGCAUAAUUAUGUAAAUGCCACUCAAUUUCAGUCAUUUAAAUCUGACAAUCUCUGGCAAAAAUGAUCAAUUAUAUUGGUUUUUUAUUGAAA